AUGAAGUUGGAUGAUCGUGAAGUGGGCGGCAUUUACGACACUCAAGUGCUAAAUCCGGAAGCGGUCGUUCACGUGACGAAGGACAGUGAUGAAAUACAGAUUCAGCAUCAAAAGAUGGGCAGCCAGAUCUGGACGAACCCAUGGAAGAUGUUGAAGAUCCGGUCGCAGACGUGGAGAUGGACGAUGUGGAUUCUACGUCAAGCGUCAGUGCACAACAGCUGA